GCGUGCAGCAUGUCUGCGAGUUACCGCACUGUCGUCUUUCUCUGUGUCCUGAUGUGGGUGGUACAAUCCUCAAGGGAUCGGCCAGUGGGUGACACUACAUGUGAAAGAUGCGUCUGUAUGAAAACAUUGGUCUCCUGUUACGGCUUGCGUCUCAAGACGGUCCCUAAGAAAAUCCCACCCGCAGCAAAACGUAUCUUUAUGGAUCACAACGACAUAUCGGCGAUCAAAAACCAGUCUUUUCGAGGCGCUCAUUCUACUAAAGUUCUCAAUCUUUCCAAUAACGCCAUUGCCGACAUCGAAGCAGGGGCGUUCGAUGGCUUGGGGGACUUGGUUAGUCUCUUGUUGCAGUCCAACCGCCUGUCUGUCGUCAAGAAUCACUUCUUUCUCGGCCUUCCCAUGGUGAAGUUCAUUUACUUAGAGAACAACUAUAUUCGGUACGUUUCAGCAUCGCCAUUUUCAACCCUCAGAUGGCUAAGACAGGUCCACCUAAAGAACAAUCUCCUGCAAACCGUGCCUUGGGAUGCGAUGAAGACGCUGAAUAAAGAAAGUGCAUGGUCAUUGACAACAUAUUUUCUGGAAGGGAACAAGAUUCAACACCCUAAACCCCCACCGCAAGAUCUUAGAUCCCGUAAGCCCGUUCUUGGAAUCCGUCUAGCCAAGAACCCUCUGAAAUGCGACUGUGACUUCGGAGAAUUCUUUGACUGGCUCACUCAUAAUGGCCAGGAAAAGAUAUCCGUGGAAGAUGCCGACCUUCUUAUCUGUCACCGCCCCUGCGAGCUCAAGAACACACCCAUCUUGACCAUGCCUCGUACACAACUUAUCUGUGAAGAUGCACACGCCACCGAAAGUUGGACCACGCCAGAAACUGACGAACACUGUGACCUUGACAACGCAACCUCCGAACCUACCAACCCGUCGGCUACAGACUUUCUGGGUCUUACAGCAGGACUUGACAAACCACCAAAACCAAGUACUGACUCUCACGAAGCUGUCACCACACCCAAGGUAGUUAUCUACCUUAUGAAAGAUCGUACCAACAAUUUUGUCCCCAACACAGAUUUCAGGAUGAGUGAGUACUCCGAUCUCUUGCUUUAUUUCAUCGUUAUAAUGAUAGCCAAUGCAGGGAUAUCUUAUAUUCUGUGUCCCUAUAUCACAAAUUGGUUCAGUAAGAAUCAACAAAGCAACAAUAUCUAUGAUGACCCUGCAGCCGACGAUUCAAGCAAUGACACAAUGCGCCAGUCUGUUCAUUUUUACGAAGAUAUCGAUAUUGCUCGUCAUGAAGCGAAACAGGUACAAAAUGAAAGAGAUCCCGAUCAGGAUUCCGCAUUCGGAGACUUUAAUGACUAA